AAUGAGAUUUCUAGUUUGCUGUUUUAGAAAGCAGUUUAAAUAAAGGACCUUUGAUAAUAAUUUCUGUUCAUUUUCAUGUUGCUGCUUCCAACAACUUUCUCUAGGGUUUUAGGUAGUUUUGAAUCUUCUAUUAUCUGUAAUAAUCACACAAUAUUUCUAGCAUUGUGAUGACUGAAAACUUGAAACUUUCUAAAAUACUUCCUGUGUAUUCAUUUAACCAAUUCUGGAAGAAGUGAUGAUGCAAAAGAUAGUUGUUUCCAUUGCUGCCACCAGAUUGGCUUCAAGAUGUUCGUUUAAUGUCUUUGAGAAUGUUCUUCUCAAGAAUACUGUUGGAGAUUUCUUAAAUACUCUUAGAGGAUCCAAUUCACAUGUUCACCUGUUCCGCCAAAUUAGUAAAGAUAACAAAAAAGGAAAUUGGGUUAGGGUGAUUAGGCCACUAAGUGGAUUUUGAGUCAUUUUGUUACAUUCUUUGCUGAAUGCUAAUAAAUCUUUUCAAACUCUAGACUUGCACUGAAGAUCAGUGUCAAGCUAUCCUUUUUUGGAAGUUUGGUUUAUCACUUGAUGGGGUCCCAUAGUCUGAUUUUAUGUUCUUCUGUGGCUCACAAUUCCAGAUAGUCACUCUGAAACAGCAAACAAGUGUCCUCAGUAUCCAGGGAAGUAGUUCAUCUGAUUCUGAAGACUCCAGUGAAUUGAUCGGUGAUAGGAAGUGAAAGCACAUGGAUGUUGGUGAGUACCCCAUGGCAGCUGUUACUUCAUGUGGUUCGUUCAGAGUGAACUAUAACUUGGAAGCCUCCUUUAGAAUGAAGAGGAACAGUUUAUCUGUUGUGAAUAAAAUUGUCCAGUCUUCACCAGCAGUGAAACAACCAAAAGUUGGGUUCUACUCCUCUCUCAGCCACACCCACAUGCACACUGUUCUUCUAGACUGGGGGAGUUUGCCUCACCACGUAGUAGUAUGCAUUUUUCAGUAUCUUCCUUUAAUAGAUCGGGCCCGGGCAUCUUCAGUAUGUAGGAAAUGGAAUGAAGUUUUUCAUAUUCCUGACCUUUGGAGAAAGUUUGAAUUUGAACUGAACCAAUCAGCAACUUCGUAUUUUAAGUCUACACAUCCUGACCUCAUUCAGCAGAUCAUUAAAAAGCAUGCUACCCAUCUCCAGUAUAUCAGCUUUAAGGUUGACAGUAGUACUGAAUCAGCAGAAGCUGCCUGUGAUAUACUUUCUCAGCUGGUAAACUGCUCUCUCCAGACCUUGGGCUUGAUUUCGACAGCCAAACCAAGUUUUAUGAAUGUGUCAAAGUCUCAUUUUGCGUCAGCACUUACAGUUGUUUUUGUCAACUCAAAAUCAUUAUCAUCGAUCAAAAUUGAAGAUACACCAGUGGAUGAUCCUUCACUGAAGAUUCUCGUGGCCAAUAACAGUGACACUCUAAGACUCCUAAAAAUGAGUAGCUGUCCUCAUGUUUCAUCUGAUGGAAUCCUUUGUAUAGCUGACCAUUGUCAAGGCCUUAGAGAAUUGGCAUUGAAUUAUUACAUUCUAAGUGAUGAACUUCUCCUAGCCCUUUCAAGUGAAACUCAUGUUCGCCUUGAACAUCUUCGAAUUGAUGUUGUGAGUGAAAAUCCUGGACAGGUUGAAUUUCACACUAUUAAAAAACAAAGUUGGGAUGCACUUAUUAAACACUCCCCUGGAGUUAAUGUUGUUAUGUAUUUCUUUUUAUAUGAAGAAGAAUUUGAGGCAUUCUUCAGAGAAGAAACCCCUGUUACUAACCUUUAUUUUGGUCGUUCGGUAAGCAAAGCAGCUCUAGGCCGGAUAGGUCUUAACUGUCCACGACUAAUUGAGUUGGUGGUAUGUGCUAAUGGUCUUCAGACUCUUGACGAUGAACUUAUUUGCAUUGCUGAAUGCUGUAAAAACUUAACAGCCUUGGGCCUCAGUGAAUGUGAAGUGAGUUGCAGUGCAGUCGUUGAUUUUGUAAGACGGUGUGGGAAAAGGCUGACCCACCUCUCCAUAAUGGAAGACGUUUUGAUCCCUGAUGGUAAUUAUAACCUAGAUGAAAUUCACACUGAAGUCUCCAAAUACUUGGGAAGAAUAUGGUUCCCUGAUGUCCUACCUAUCUGGUAAUUAGCUACCAAAGAUUCUUAAUUUUUUUUUUAUUGGUAAGAUAAGCUUCUUUCUGUCUAUGCAAAUGUAAAUUUUAAGAUGCAUUGUUGAAAUAUUUUAGGCAAGGUAUAUUAACAUUUGCAAACUGUCUUAAUGGAUUGCAGCAAAAACAUUUGAAAAAAAAGUAGGAGAAAUUUUAAGAGCGAGAAAUAUCCAUAAACAGGGCUUAGAUCCUGUAUUGUGGAUUAGGUAGCUGAUAUGCUAAACGCUAUCAAUGGUUUGUAGAUGAGUUCCUCAGCCUUCCUCGAAGGGAUAUUUUAGCUUGCUAAAUAAAUUUAUAAUAUUGAGCUUCGGAUCCCUAAAUUAUGAUGUUUAUAACUUUAUAUUGCUUUAAUUACUUCUCUUUUAUCUUGGUACUAGUGUGUUUUACAAGAUAUGUAGUAUUAAAAACUAAGAGUAAAAUAAAAGUAUAGUUACAGAGGCUGACUUAAUUGUACUUAAUUUUUAGCACUAUAUAAGAUCAUAUUAUAAUUCAGUAAACCAUUUCUAAUUUCUAAUACACUUUGAAUUCUACUUUAUUACAUUAGCUUGAGAGAAAAUGUGCAUUAGAUUAAAAUUAAUACUGAUCAAGUUAAUAAAAAUAUUCUAAUUGUUCAUUGAUUAAAUAUGCUUCUGAAAAUUUUAAAAAGUAAAUUUUGCAGAGUGUCUCUGGGAGGGAAUCAGCAUUUACUGACCUAAUCCUCUGUAUCUAGAAUUGUCCCAGAGGUCCUUUGCAGAAGUGAUCUUCUCAUUUCAUUAGUGACACAACUAAAACUCUUUAGUAGUUAUGUAUUGACUUGAGGGUGAAGAUAUAUGCUUAAAAUGACCUAUAAGACCCUACAUAGUGUGGCAUCUCCCUAAUUGUACCAAACUUCCCCUUGGCCCUUCUCCAUUGUCUUUCACUUCCUUAAGACUGCCAUGCACUCUCUAGUCAGAGGGCGUGAGGAUGUGUUCUUCUUUCUGCUUAGAUUACUGUCUUUGCUCCCUCAGAUCUUUCCUUUAGAUGUCAUUCCUUCAGGGAAGCUUCUGACUUUCCACACUCUGUGACUUCUGUUUGUGGCACUCAGCGUUAUUGAAAUUUGCCAUUUGCUUCUAUGAUUAUUAUCUGUUAAUUCUACUGCACUGUAAGCUUU